AUGCUUGCUCUAAGGACAGCAACGCGCUACGCAUGGCGACGCCCUCGCAAUAUUGGACAAGUGCGCUUGUUCACCAAUGCUCAGGGCUACGAUGCCAUUGUGCUGAAUGCUUCUUCGGAUAGCGGACGAUUGUCCUUAGCAGAGAGCCAACUUAUUUCCCAGUCUACGCGAAGCACUAUUCUAGAACAGCUGAGCGUUUCUAACUUCAAGAAGGCCGGCGAUGUUCGAGUUCUUUACAAUGUUGGUGGUGUCAAGCAGGUUGCAAUUGUCAAUCUCGGCGAUCGUAAACAGCUCAAUCAAGGUGACAACUUGGAAGGCAAACGCUUAGACGCUGCUAGAACGGCGGCUGCAAUUGGUGUGAAAGCCCUUCUCAAUCAGGACGUUCAGAGCAUUGGCAUCGAUAUCAGCACCAGUGCGCAUGGUGCAGCUGAAGGUGCUACCUUGGCAACUCAUUCGUUUGAUCGAUUGAAAAACCCAAAAAGCAGAAAGCCUGUCGUAGACAUUGGUCCGUUUUUGGAAACGAUUGAGAAUGUUGAUCCUUUCUUGACCUGGGAAACAGGUCAGAUAUAUGGUGCAUCUCAAAAUUUGGCUCGCUCGCUCAUGGAAACACCAGCAAACUUGAUGACCCCCAAAAUCUUUGCUGAAGAAAUUGCAUACUUACUUGCUGGCCUGGAAAAGGUCGAAGUUAUUGUCAGAGAUGAAGAGUGGGCUUCUAGACAAGGCAUGAAUUCUCUUAUUGGUGUGGCAAAGGGAAGUGAGGAACCACUUCGCUUUUUGGAGAUUCAGUAUAAGGGCGGAAAAGAAGGAGAUGCACCACUCGGUCUUGUCGGAAAGGGUGUCACUUUUGACUCUGGAGGUAUUUCUAUCAAACCCUCAAACAACAUGGCACUAAUGAAGGGUGAUAUGGGUGGAGCUGCAACCGUGGCCGGCGCUUUGUAUGGUAUUUGCAAACUUGGUCUACCACUCAACGUCACUGCUGUCACUCCUUUGUGCGAAAACAUGCCAUCAGGAAGAGCAACAAAGCCAGGAGAUGUUAUCAAGGCCAUGAACGGUAAAUCCAUUGAGGUCAUCGACACUGACGCUGAAGGCCGAUUGAUUCUGGCGGACGCAUUGUACUAUUUGAGCUCUCAACACAAACCUCAUAGCAUCAUCGACCUCGCUACACUGACUGGUGCCAUGGAUGUUGCCCUUGGUAAUGCUUUUGCUGGUGUAUUCACCAACUCUGAUAACUUCUGGAAGCAGCUUGAUGCUGCUGGUCAAUUUAUGUCAGACCCAUUCUGGAGAAUGCCUUUGAACGACGCUUACCUGGAGGAAAUGACCAGCUCAAGCGUUGCAGAUCUCAACAAUCUUGGCUUGGGUAGGUCCGGAGGCGCAUGCUCAGCAGCUAUUUUCCUUAAGCAAUUUGUGAGCGGCAUCGAGAAUGCUAUUCCCAAUGUCAGCGGAAACCCAGAGCUUGAUGAUGCUGUUGAACAAGCCGAAAAUGAAGAGAAGAUUGCCUGGGCCCACAUAGAUAUCGCUGGUGUAAUGGAUUCCAAGCAUAGUAAUGGAUACCAUGUCAAAGGAAUGAGUGGUCGCCCGACAAGAUCUUUGGUGGAACUUGCAAGAAGCAUUGCCUCCAAGUAA